CGCUUAGGUGAAAAAUGAAAAUUUCGCACCGUUUUGACUGAAAAUUUUGCUUUCAAACCCGUCUUUCCCGUCCUCUCGUCUCACUCUCACUCUCAAUCUCUCUCACGUUGGAGACUCAAUUUGUGAAGGCGAAGCAAUAUAUGGAAUUGGAAAUUUGUCAGCCGUAUUCUUAUUUCCUUUACUUAUGUAUACUUUUCGCUUGGGCGUAACUGGUGCUACCAUUUCUACUGUUGUUUCUCAAUACAUUGUUGCCUUUUUGAUGAUUGGUAUCUUAACAAGAAGAUUGUAUUAUCAUUUCCUAGCGUGAAAACUUUGCAUUUUGGUGGCUACCUGAAAUCUGGUUUGUGUUUGCUGCUGAUAUGGCUGGUACGAGAUCCACGUGCUACUCACAACUGUUGGGCUUAUAAGAUGACAGUGGUAAUGGAUCCUUCCAUUUGUCUCGAGGUUGCCUUUCUACUCAUAGGGAGGAAUCUGAGUAUGAUACUUCACCCAGACUGUACUUUGGGCCUUUGACAUAACUUGCAUGUUAAGUAGACAACACCUUCUACAUCCAAAGAAACCCAUCUUCUAGGUAACAAAACAAGGGCCCAAUGAGUUUGUCACUCCUCCAGGGCUAUUCUUCAGCAGAAGAAGAAGAAGAAGAACAAGUACAAGAACCCGAACAUGCUCAUCUCCAAUACCCCAACUCUUCCGACGAAGCCUCCGCCGCCUCGGUCCGCAACAAGUCGUUCGUCGACCUCCCACCACCCUCCUCUGGAUCCGGUCUUCCUUCGGCCCUCGACGUUUUCUCCGAAAUCUCAGAGCCGCCAGCGUUUCUGAACAAUAGUGUGGAAGAGUACGGUUUGAAGAGAGAUGUGGAUCAGACGCAAGGAAGGCACGGUGGCCGGAGGAACAAAAAGGAAAAGAAAGACUUACCUUCCGGUGCUGUAGUGCAGGCCAAAGCUCAACUAGUUGGAAUCCAUGAACGUGUAAGAAGUGAUAUUGGGGGUAACCAACCUCCUGCAUCAUCAGUUUCAAGCACAACGCAAGGAGGCAAGCGUGUGGCAACUGCAACCAAUCCUAAUGCAGAGGAUGCUGCAGAGCUACUGAGGAUGUGCCUGCAAUGUGGGAUUCCCAAGACUUACUCCAAUGCGCGAGGAAUGGUGUGCCCGGUAUGUGGCGAUCGCCCGCCUGCCGACACUAGCAACGAGCCCAAGAAGAAGGGUUCUAUGGUAAAGGAGAAGGAGAAGAAUAAGAGGAUGAAAGGCCAGUCAUCUCAUGCCACAUGGAAAAGUGAAACGGAGAUGCAUCUUCGGCAGCAGUUUGAUUAGCAGAGUUGAGCCUGGGAUGAUGUAGCAUUUUUUUUUCUUUUAAAUUAUGAAGAAACAGUUAUGUAUUGUCAAUGGAGUUCAUGGAGGUGCUAACAGUUUGAUUAGUUGCAGACCAGGUCCAUCAGGGCAUGUGCAAUGUACAAUAUAUUUAGCUUUUGGUUCAA